AACGUAUUUUUGAGCGGUAUUCUUAAAACCAAAACUAAAAAUCAGUUUUUAAAAGCAAUUAUAUUGUUUAACCAAUCACAAUUUUGUGAGAAUGUCACGUGAUGUUGGCUUUUCCUUUUCAGCGCCGCUAGCUGUGCAAAGUUGACUUUUCGACUAUGAUGCUAUCAACCCAUUUAUCGCUAACUCAAAUAAUUCUUAUCGAGCCGCUGGUUUCAGUCGAAUAGAUUUUGCAACAAGACGAGUAUUGUACUGAGUGAAGUUAGAAAGUUAGUGAACAUUGUUUGGAACAUGUGGAAGAGAGCUACCUUCACGACUACAAACUGUAGACUUUUACUGGGAUGCUGUAUUUACUUUCUGCAUGCCAAUCUUAUUACUACCACUUUAGGACAAAAUYAUUCAUCGAAUCCAUUCAAGAAUAUUACAUCCAUGAAGGAAGCUUUGAAAGUAAAUCUGAGAAAGUAUGACAAAAGUGUGCGUCCUUAUGCACAAGAUGGUAGACCUGUUAAUAUCACAGUCAAUAUGCGCAUUAAUUCCGUAUACGAUGUGCAUGAAGAAGAAAUGGAUUACACCAUGAGAUUCGCGUUUCGUCAGAUGUGGAAGGAUCCUCGUCUGUCAUUUCCUAUUCGCUUAACACACGGCAAAGGCCAUCCUUAUAUGCAACUGGAGAACGCUGACCAAAUAUGGUAUCCCGAUACUUUCUUCAUGAACGCCCGCUCAGCAUUUAUCCAUGACGUCACUAAGAAGAACCUUGGCGUUCGUGUGUUUGCUGACGGGUCAGUCUAUAUGAGUCAAAAGAUAACUGUCCAAGCUGAAUGUCAAAUGGACCUGAGAAAAUUCCCAAUGGACACACAAGUCUGCGUAUUGAUGUUUGAGAGCUUUUUCCAUACUGCAGCUGAGAUAAUUUUAAAAUGGGAAAAAAGUGAACAACCUGUGGCCAUCUCUAAGGACAUGAAUCUGCCUCACUUUGACAUUGUAUCUUUGUAUACCAAAGAGUUAAAUAAUGUCUACAAGUCAGGCAAGUUUAACAGCCUUGAAGUGCACAUUACCUUUCAACGUCGCCUGGGUUUUUACAUCAUACAGAUCUACUUACCAUGCGUAUUCUUGGUCUUCCUCUCUUGGAUGCCUUUCUGGAUGGAUCCGAGAGAGACUGGGGAUAGACUUGCUGUUGGUAUUACGUCUGUUCUUACUUUAGUUUUCCUUUCGGGUGCUAUGAAUAACAAGAUGCCCAAGGUGUCAUACAUGAAGGCCAUUGACUGGUAUGUGAUCGCUUGCUUCUUGACAAUGGUCCUUUCAUUCGUAGAAUCAAUGGCCGUUUUCAGAGCUGUUGUGCACCAAGAUAAACAAGAUGCUAAAGACGAGGAGGAAUGGGGCGCACCUCUUCAGCAAAGGAACGAAACAAUCUCGCUGCCAGAUGAUGAAGAUAUCAGAGAAAUGUCGGACGAUAUAGAAUUGACUGAUAAUGGUCAACUACGUGAAAGACGGUCCCAGGGACGCUUGAUGAAGGUGCAGUCCUUAGCCAGGCUCAAAUGUAGAGGAACAUCCAAGCGAAAGUUUUUUAUUAUGACUAAGUUUAACAAAAUUGACAGGAUAUCUCACAUGUUAUUCCCUGGCUUAUUCAUCGCUUUUAAUAUAAUUUAUUGGCUURUCUAUUUGAUCUGAAAAAGCACUCGAGCAAUGUAUUCUUCGAGUUUGAAUUUUUAUCCCGAAUUCGAAUUCGAAUUUUUAACAUCGUUGAGUGUUUUGUGAUCGAGAUAUACCGAGAACGAGACGACACUGGUUAAAAGCGCACUGCGCAUGUUCGUAUAUUCGCCUCGAAUUUCGGUAUCACGUCGUGUUCGAAACCGAAAUUUCAACUUAAAUUCAUCGUAUAUCGGUUAACAAUCGACUUUUUAUCGAUUACAAAAGAGUACGUUCUGACYUUCUUUCUAUGUGCUUUUUUGGCUUUUGUCUCGUAAAGACUUUUGCAGGGUUUUCGACAGUCUGUUAGAAAAAAUUAAACAAGCAAAACCAUCGCUAAAUCAAGAUAUUCUACUCUACAGUUUGACGUUUGAYACUGGACUAUCAUUUAAUAGAAUUUUUCUCACUAACCAUCCAAAGAUUUUCGACUUGACAUGCGCUUUCCACUUUGUUUUUGAUCAUGACGUAAUA